AUGUGGGCGAAGUUCGGCAACCCCGAUGCACAGGGUCGCAGGCCCAUCCCCACGCCAGCCAGGGCCUUGAACGGCGGUGCGAAGGUCGCAUCUCCAUUGCUUCAUGAAUGUGAGAUCGAGACCCUGACUACGCUGCUCGAAGAAGCCAUCUUGAGCCCCGAGUCAGAGAACUUUUACCUCUCAAGUACCCUCGUAGAGGCCCUCUACGAGCAUUUCGACGGGUGCCCCGCUGAGCCGACUGCCAUACACAGCCCGACGGGGGCCCCUGAGGCUUGGACAUUGCGCCUGGACCAGCACCUUGGAGUCAGGACCUUUGACUUGACUGGGGUUACCAUGCGUGUUGGAUGCACCCUUGACCACGUUGCCCAGCUUAUUCACCGCGACCCGGACGAUCUUUGGCCCCUACCGUCCAAAGAGUCUGAUGUUAUAACAGAAUGGGCUCGCCGUUGCCCGCCUCUUCCCGAUGCGCUAGGAGUCCGACAUUGUGACUCCAUUGUCAUCUACACGGAUGGAUCGUAUGAUGGCAAACUUAGUUCAUGGGCUUUCCAUGCCAUAGGGAGCGUUGCUGGGGAAUGGCACAACAUCGGGUGGAUCGGUGACCGGGUACAGACUGACUCCGGCGAGCCAACUUUCCUUGGUGCAUCUUCGCAUGGAGCCCUCGAAGGGGAACUGUCGGCCCUGUUUUGGUGCCUGAUCUGGCUGCUCGCCUCACCACCCGAGGUCGAAGUCACCAUCUUCUCUGACUGUACCACCGCCAUCGGCCUGUCAGAAGGUUCGGUAGGUCAGUUUCGCGGAAAGGAUGCUGCCCACCUCUGCCGGGCUGCAAUGCAUGCCCUGCAGGCUGCUAAAUCGCCUUCUCGAAUCAAUGUGAGACACAUUCGAGCCCACGUAGGGCACUUAGGCAACGAGGUAGCAGAUCGCCUCGCCAAGAAAUGCUGCGAUCCUCGGACGACCGGAAAGGUCUGGGCUUCGCACCCUAUUUGCAGCUUUGUGCGAAGAGGGUGGUUACCUUGGCUCUGGUUGUUUCUGGAUUCCCAGCGCAGCCCACAGAAUUGGCCGGGACAACUUGCUGACUCGUUUAUAGAUCGGGGCGACGGCGGCGGUGUGCUUCCCACCAGAUCAGAGUGCGAGCAAAUGCUUGGUCUGCAGGCACCCCCCGAGAAAGACUCCGGCAAGCAAUGGGCAGUCAUUCAGAUUGUCCUGGUAACUGUCAACGUACAGUCACUGCAUCCUCGGGAGGCUGAGCCCACCGCAGAGCCUCCGGCCGUCCCCUUUCAGGGGCGGGCUGCACUGCUCAGGGAGCAAUUCGUCGAGCUCGGCGUUGGAGUAGCAGCACUCCAGGAGACACGGGCUUCUCGUAAUGAGACCAUUCAGUCAAAGACACACAUACGGUUCUGUAGUGCGUGUGAUGCUCAGGGCUCGUAUGGGGUUGAACUUUGGUUCUCGAGAACCGAACCCUUCAUAAAACACAACAAGACCGAUGUUCUCUUCCAGCUUGGUGACUUUGUUGCGGUCCAUUGGGACCCACGCAUACUUGCCGUGCGCUUUGCGCGCGCCAGCGUGCGGGUUCUGUUUGUUGCGAUUCAUGCCCCCACCAAUGCAUCGCCUGAACGCAACAAGUGGUGGCAGGAUCUCCGUGUCCUGCUCGGUCGCCUUAGGCAGGACGCGCAACUUGUUUUGCUCGGGGACUUCAAUCUCCAUUUGCAUAGGUCUUGUGCGGAUAGAGUUGGGGACCUGACUUGGCCUGCACCUACACCACCCCCUCAGGCGUUUUGGAACAUUCUAGAAGACGCACUCCAGUGGAUCCCCAGCACAUUCUCCUGUUGUCACCCCGGCCCCACCGAAACUUGGCAGUCGCCAGGGGGCACAACCACAUCGAGGUUGGACUACAUCUCGCUGCCUGAAACAUGGCACGUCGCCGCAGAUGGUAGCCGAGUACUGCACGAAUUGGAAUGGGGACAGGCAAGAGUUGAUCACUAUGCCCUUAUCACACGUGCUGUGUCCCAUAUCCUUUUCCAUGCACCAAAACAUGGACGAAGAGUGCGCAUCGAUACAACUGCUAUUGGCACCCCGGAAGGCCGUGAAAAGCUGCGUCAGAUUUGCUCAUCACUCCCACAGCAGCCUUGGCAGCUCGACAUCCAUCGUCAUGCUGCUAAAGUGGAGCAGCACUUCCGAUGCCUGUUGCCGGUUGCCUUCCCGGCACAGCGCGCAAUACAACACAAACCUUACCUGCAGCCGGCCACUUGGCAACUGCGUAACCAACGAGCCUGGCUGAGGAAGCGGAUCCAAUCAGCAUCCAGAUUUGGUCGCAGCUUUUCUCUCGCGUGCUCAUGGCGUGCAUGGAGGGGGACAGGCACCAUUUGGGCGCCAUACUCCCGCUUCUGGAGCAGAUGGCUGCAAUGUUUGCGGGACUUGCCAGGUCACCUUGCCGCUCUACGCUCCACUAGUGUUCAGCUCCGAUGCUUAAUCCGGCAGGAUACAAAGGACUACCUACACGAGGUUGCCGUCAAGGCCACCACAGACUCCACGCGCGACACUGUCCAGCGUCUUCGAGUCCUUACCGGUGGGCCCAAGCGCAAGCAGAAAGGAGCCACUCCGCUGCCUGCCAUUGAGACCGAACAGGGAACCCUGGCUACCACGCACCAGGAGGCCAAACAAAAGUGGAUAUCCCACUUCUCUUCCAUCGAGGAUGGACAGGUUAAGGACCCAGUUGAGUUCGUCCAUGACUGCUACCGCAGACAACAGGCCAAGGAUCUGUCGGAUUACACUGUCACUCCGGCGGACAUACCCAGCCUUGGCGAACUCGAGGCUGCGCUAAGGGCAUCUAGCACGGAUCGAGCCUUUGGGCUCGACGGGAUCCCUGGCGAGGUCCUGCACUAUGGGGCCUCCCACCUUGCGAAAGCCGUUUACCAGCUGGGCCAAAACAAUGUUGUAGCUCCUACAGGGGCAUACUGGUUUCUUCAGUGCUGGGGAAAUCCUUGCACAAGACGCUUCGUAACCGUUGCACAGCACCACUUGCCAACAGCGCUGUUCCUUUGCAAGUAG